AUGGACACCCGAAAACGUAAGAAGAAGGUCCUGUUGAUGGGCAAGAGUGGCUCCGGCAAGUCCUCCAUGCGCAGCAUCAUCUUUAGCAACUAUGUCGCAAAAGAUGUUCGUCGUCUCGGCGCCACCAUCGAUGUUGAGCACAGCCAUGCUAAAUUCAUGGGCAACUUGACUCUGAAUCUCUGGGAUUGUGGAGGUCAAGAUGCCUUCAUGGACUCAUACCUCAACGCACAGCGCGAGAAUGUCUUCUCCGAUGCCGAAGUUCUCAUCUAUGUCUUUGACAUUGAAUCCCGCGCCGUCGACCAAGAUCUCGAGACCUACAGUCAGGUCGUGAAAGCCUUGAAAGAAUACAGUCCGCAUGCCCAUAUCUUCUGCCUCAUUCACAAGAUGGACUUGGUUCAGAAUGAGCAUCGAGAACGAAUCUAUGAGGAACGCUGCCGCUUGAUCAUCGCACGCUCUGAAGGCCUCAGUCUAGAGACAUUUGCCAGCAGUAUCUGGGAUCAAACACUCUACAAAGCUUGGGCGGGCAUCGUUCACAAGAUGAUUCCCAACCUCGUCAUCAUCGAGAAAUUCCUCAACGCUUUUGCCAAACAACUUUCCGCCGAAGAAAUCGUCCUCUUUGAAAGAUCAACCUUCCUGACCGUUACCAACGUCGUCAAUGAAUUUGGUCAAGAGAAUCCCAGUCACGAUCGUCACGAACGCAUUUCCAAUAUCAUGAAGACCUACAAACAUACUGUUGCUAGAAACACCAGAACCACUGCCGCCAGUGCCGGCUUCCUAUUGUUCAAGGUCCAAACUCCAAACUUCAACUGCUUCCUUGCUCGCUUUACCGAGAACACCUACAUCUACGUCGUUGUUCCACCAGGAGAAGCUGCCUUCAACUGUGCAGUUCUCAAUACUAUCAUGGCUAGAGAUGUCUUUAGUAAGAAAACCGGCGUUGAGGGUUGA